AUGCAGUCCAUCAGAGACUUAAAGUCCAACUUCAGCGGCCCUCCUCCCUCCUCCAUGGCUGCUGGCCCUGAUGCUUACCUUCAGGGCAACAUCAGGAUGACUCUGGAGGACCCAGAACUCUGGAAGACAUUCCAUGAAAUAGGAACAGAGAUGAUCAUCACUAAACCGGGCCGGAGGAUGUUCCCACACUGUAAAGUCAAUCUAUCCGGCCUUAUUCCAUGUGCCAAAUACAUUUUAUUGGUUGAUAUGGUUCCUGAGGAUGGUUUCAGGUAUAAGUGGAAUAAAGAGAAAUGGGAGGUGGCAGGAAAAGCGGAGCCUCAACCUCCCUGCAGGACUUACCUCCACCCAGACUCUCCAGCUCCGGGGAGCCACUGGAUGAAGCAGUCCGUCUCCUUCCUCAAGCUCAAGCUCACCAACAACACGCUCGACCAGCACGGCCAUAUCAUUUUGCACUCCAUGCAUCGCUACCACCCGCGCUUCCACAUUGUCCAGGCAGACGACCUGUUCAGUGUCCGCUGGAGUGUUUUCCAGACUUUCACCUUCCCUGAAACUUCCUUCACUGCAGUCACUGCCUACCAGAACACCAAGAUCACAAAGUUGAAGAUCGAUCACAACCCGUUUGCAAAAGGUUUCCGGGAUGAAGGCACAAAUAAAAAAAGGCGUGCCAACAAGAACCCAGCAUGUCAUGACAAAAGGUCCAAGAUGUCAGAUAUUUUAAAAAAGGACUCUGAAGAGGACAGUCCACCAGAUUUCUGCCAGUCAUCGUUUGAUGGUUACGACGGAGAGGAAGGAGAGCUGCCCAAAAGGAAAGAUGAUGAGUCCGUCAAAGAGGAGCGUUACUCGCCCUGGGGAGCUGAGAGGGAGCAGAGUGUGAGGACGGACUCUCCUGCAGGGGCAGAUACAAGAGAUAUGUACAGCACCGAGCAGCUGGUUCCUGCUCCAGCUUCCUACCAGCCGUACAGGUUCCACGAGUACGGAAAGUCUCCAUCGCCUUCCUCCAGCGUUGGCAGCAGCAACAGUGGAUCAGGGUCCAGGGUCCCUGACGUUGCCACCGUUCCAGAUCACGACUCAUCAAAGCCUCGCACACAAGAGGUUGGACCUUCCCACUGCACGCCCCAGCACCUCCCCGGGCCUCAGGACUACACCGGGGUGCUCAACAUGACCAUGGCCCAGGCCGGCAAGCCUGGAGUGAUCGGCCACCAUAUCUACAGCCCAUACGGUGCAGAGCAGCCCCUGGGUCAGUGGAGUGGCCCCAGUCCUGCCCAGUACCCCCCUCCCCACCACCUGACCGCCGACUACCCCACGCAGGCCGUGCACCAUGGCUAUCACCAUGGCAACGUGGCCGAGUGGAGCCAGUACCCGCUGUUUUCUUAUUCCUGCUGGUGA